CACUAUACCCUCAGUGUGUUUGUCUUGUACAGUUCUUCCUAGGUCAUCAGCAUACUAGCAAGACGUUUGCCUGGGCUUUUCUCGAGUAUCUAACCCCCCGUCUCUCGCUGCUGCGGGAGCGUCGUGCUGCGCUGCUGCCGCCGCUGCAGCCGCAGCGCAACAGGAUAAUUCCUUGCAUCCGCAGCAGCAGCAGCAGCAGCAGCAGCAGCAGCAGCAGCAGCAGCAGCUGCAGCAGCAGCAGCAACAGCAGCGGGAACAGACACAGCGAUGAGGUGUGUGACCCCGUCGUUGAUGCUGCUAUACUGCGGGGGGCCUCGCGGGUGCCCAACAGUACUCAGCAAUUCAUCGUAAACCACCUCGAUCUCCUUCAGCGGCUGCUGCAGCUGCGAAGCCCUGAUGAGUACAGUGCGGGGCCUUCUGCUGCAGCACCGCAUGCAGCACCGCCUCCUGCAGCAGCAGUAGCAGCAACAGCAGCAGCAGCAGCAGCAGCAGCAGAACCAGCAGCAGCAGCAGCAGCAGCAGCAGCAGCAGCAGCUUGGCCUUUUCCUCUCGUCAAACCCUGGGUGGGGCCCAGCACCUACAUAGACACCGGCGACAUCUGCCCGGGAGAGGAUGGUUUGCUGCAGGCCGGCACAGGGCGAUCUGUACACUUCUUUGCUUCCUUUACACCUCUCCUGCAUUCAUAUCUCCAAACAUGCGCGGCGCAGCAGCAGUCCGCCCCCGACGUGCUGAAGGAUUUGUGGAUUGAGUUUUCUCUGCUGGCCCCCGCGAGACUGAAGCACCUGCUGCCUCACAUGGGGAUACCCCCCGACGUGCUGAAGGAUUUGUGGAUUGAGUUUUCUCUGUUGGCCCCCGCGAGACUGAAGCACCUGCUGCCUCACAUGGGGUUUCUGGUGUAUCCUCUGCUGCGUUCUCUUCGGAGCUCUGACGCUGAUUUAUUAACCCUCAGUUUAAGAACGAUAGAACUUUGGGUUGAGCAUUUGCAUGCAGACUUUGUUUAUCCUGUUCUAGCCUCACAAGUGCAGCAAGGAGCACGACAGCAGCGGCGAACUCUGCUGCUGUCAGCUUUGCUGCAGCUGCUGCAGCCAUUGCCUCCUGCUGCUCCAACCCCUUCUUUACUAUUAUCUCGAUACUUUAUAACAAGCUGCAGCAGCAGCAGCAGCAGCAGCAGCAUAGUGCAGCAGCAGCAGCACGAGAAACAUGCAGAAAUGGUUAUUAAAAUACUAGGAAAGCUAGGCGGGCCCUUCUGCUGCAGCAGCAGCAGCAGCAGCAGCAGCAGCAGCAGCGGGAGUAGGGGUAGGUUUAGCGGCAGCGGGAAAGUAGAAGUCGGAGACUGUCAGCUUGUUGCUGCAGCACCGCUGCAGCAGCAGCAGCAGCAGCAGCAGCAACAGCAGCAGCAGCAGGAGAUGCUGCUGCAGCAGCAGGAACAGGAGCGUGCUUCUUGCGUCGCAGCAGCAGUAGCAGCAGCAAACCAAAACUACAGCAGCAGCAGCAGCAGCAGCAGCAGCAAUAUAUGCUACGAAACUGUGCUGCAGCUGGGGGUAGAUAAGGUUGUUUCUCUCGUGCUGCAGCUGCUGCAGCACGCCGACGCAGACAGAGCAGCAGCAAGCCUUUGUUAUGCUUCUGAGCCUCUUCUUACUUCCGUGGGCUCUCGCAUCGCAGCACAGCCGCAGCAGCAUCCCCCUCAGCAGCAGCAGCAGCAGCAGCAGCAACAGCAGCAGCAGCAGCAGCAGCAGCAGCAGCAGGAGCACCCGCGGCGGCAGCAGCAGGUCAUUGGCGCUCUCAAGCGAGCACUGGCAAUCAUCCGCAGCCAAAAGAGCAGCAACAGCAGCAACAGCAGCAGCAGCAGCAGCAGCAGCAGCACGAGCGACGGCAGCGAGAGCAGCACAACAGCAGCAGAGGAUUCAGACGAGGACCCAAACAGCAACAGCAGCAGCAGCAGCAGCAGGAGCAGCAGCAGCAGGAGCUCAGCAGCAGCAGAUAGAGCAGAGAGAGAAGGGCUGCAGCUGCUGCAGGGUUUGUUUGCUUCGGAUGGUGCUGCUGCUCCCGGGCUCAGCAGCAGCAGCAGCAACAGCAGCAGCAGCAGCAGCAGCAACCGCCACCGAGAGUAA